CUGCACCGUUCUCCGCAGAUGCAGACACAGCGCCGCCUGGCGGCCUCCCGCGGUACCACCGAGAGGCCGGCAGGUGGCGCCAGCUCCGGCCGCGAUUAUGGCGCGUACCGGAGGACACUCUCCAAAUUGGCGCGAAGACCGAGUCAGCCGUCCGAGGCGGCCGAGCCGCCGUCACCGGGCGCCGCAGAGCUGCCGGUGCUGUUUGAAACGGACGAGAGGAGAGGGGUCCCCCCGGAGCGUCGCCUGAUCGUCUCUGCGGGGGGUCAGCGACCGCGCACCUCUCCCCUGUAUCUCUCCAAAGACGACACAUCGCGACCCAUCAGUCCGGCGCUGAGUCUACGACCGACAGACGGCCGAGCCAGGCAGCUGUGUCGCAUACUCAGCGCCAGGGCUAACGCGUCGAGAACUCCAAACGAGACAAAGAACUCACCGAUACGAACAACACAGCAGACUGCGCCGAACGCUCCGCCUAGACCAAAACGGCCCAGGUGUCAGCUGUGUCGGAAAAGACUAGGUUUGGCGUCUGUUCACACCUGUCACUGUGCUGGGGUGUUCUGCGCUCAGCAUAGAUACCCGGAGGCACAUCAGUGUGGACAUGACUUUAAGACAGAGGGCAGGAGGAUCCUGGAGAGAGCGAACCCACUCAUCUUGGCGCCGAAACUGCCGAAAAUCUAGGCGGUUUGUGAGAGGAGCUGCCAAAAAAUCUAGGCGGUUUGUCGGAAAAGUCUGUCAAGAUCUUAUCGGGAGCCUGUCCUAAAUCGAGGCGGUUUGUGAAAACAUCGCCAAGGAAUCGGCGCAUUGUGCCUAAUUUCCACGCGGUUUGUGGCAAAUUGCUUGAGAUCUCGGUGACAUAAACACAAAAUGGCCUAGGACAGAACUAAUUAAGCUGUAGUAUUUUUGAACGAUCUCAUGGACUCGGCGAAACGAUAUAUUAGUUUAGUUUUUAUAAUCGCCAAUAUUUGGUGGUCAGCGAAUAAAAAAAUCGAUGCGCGUUUUUGUGAUCAAAUAUUCCAAGUGCAAUAGCGAAAAAUCGCUGAGAAAGGUGUGCGAUAUGCGUUAUAUCACCGUGCACAUUCGUCUCCCGUUCGAGAGUGGGAUUGUGUAUCGGUUGUUAACGGUAUCGCGCUAGUGAGCAGUCCAAUGGUGGAUCGAUGAAGUCAGGUUUGAUUUUGGCGUGUAAUGUGAGAGAGACUGGCAGAAGUCAUCAGUUGGCCUAUCCGAGUGGAGUGGACGCAGUUGUGGAACACGAUGUGGAGUGUGGAACAUGUGGAAUGGAGAGGCGAGCAGUGUGUGAAAUGAACGUUAGACUGGAAUGGGAAGGGACCGACAGAAACUUGGAAUGGAAGCUAUGAUGUGGAGAAAAGCGUCCAUGGAGUGCCGUGAAGGGACCAUGGUUUACAUAUAACCCGCAUGGUGUGAACUGUGUGAUCAGCUUUUGAACAGCACUAGUCACGAUAACUCACUCACGGUUAAAGUUUCGGUCACGGAAUGUGUAUCAGCCUGCGAGUGAUCUACCAUGAGAGUGAGAGAGUGUCUCGGUCAGAGUUACACACGGCGGUAUGGCUGAGUGUGAAACUCCCCAGAGUGGAGUUGUAUCCUGCGGUGAGAUACUCGCUCGGGAAGCGCGGCCCCGCCCGGUGAGACCGUCCAGCUCACACACGGCGCCCCCGUGGACACUCUGGGGACUAUCGACGAUACGGCACGUGACAUCACAGCCGGGUGUGCCUUCAAGACGCGAGCUGUUUGCCGUGGCGCUAUAGGCGUGACUCUGAGCCCAUGUUGAGGCCAUUGUUUGUCAAAUUAUCCCGUGAAACAGAGAGGUGUUGGUGAUUUAGCAUAGCUUCUUGGUUUGCCGUACAACUGCGUGCCUCUAAGCUAGAUUUGCUUCGGGUUAUAAAUGCUGACUGUAGCUAGCCGCGAAAAUUUAGAGUUCUAUCUCAUAAGGCGAGUGCAAUGCGUAUCAAAUAUAUCGCUUGUAUAGGAUAUACCGUCGUAUAUAAGAUUCACGUAUGCCUAUGCUACACUGGGCGCACGCAGUACAAUUGUGCAAUAUUUUGGCGUUACGGACAUAUGCUUAUAGUGACAUGCUCUAGUCUGCCGUAUGUCACUUGCUUCGGCCGUCUAAAUAUGCCGUGUUUUGUUUUUGUCUCAUUGCGUCUCAUUUCUGUAUAUCUAAAUGUCGGGCGUCUUCACAGCUGUUCAAUCUGUCUCAAUUCCAGCACGGAUUUCCUGCUAUAUAGUGACGUCACGAGGUAACUAUGACGUAAUGAGUGCACAGAUGACGUCACAGAGUCUUGGCUGAAAUACACUUUUGGAAAGGAA